AUGAAUUCCAUCAGUCUACCUCAGGAUCCUUGCCUGACGGCUCAGACGAUUCGUACUGGCCCCGUUAACCCAGACGUAGGAGGGAUUGCAGUAGGAGUGUCCAAUAUUUCCAUCAACAUUCUACUUCGUAAGUCACCCUCGCGGAACUUUUCAAACGUAUGCCACAUCUCGAGAAUAGCGAUCCUCCUUCGCUGGUCAGGCCAUGAUUUGAAGACCUCGAUCUUUAUGCUUUUAUCUCAGGUCUAUCCAAUCCUCAUUGCAACGGCGUCAAGCAUCGGGAGCGGAGACCUAUCCUUGUUUGAUGCUCAUUAUGCUGUCGCCGUUACUGCUUCUCCGAUAACCGUCUAUCUCGUCUAUUCUUCAUUUCGAGACGUUUUCAGCCGCCCCAAUAUUCUUUUUCAGAAACUUAUGUCCUCUAAGGCCGUUGUGCGGUACCUCGGCCUGACCCUACCCCUUCUUUGGCUCCUUGUUAAUCUCAUGACGUCUUUCUACACAAAGGCCUUCAGCGAUAGUGCACUCUGCCACGGAAUGACACUAUCUCUGUGGACUGAGUUCCAGAUCACGUCCAACUUCAUCGGCGUUUUUGAUGUCAUGGGUCGGGACUUGAUAAAUGACAUCAAGGAAAGAGGAGGAUUAGGAAUGGUGUCGCUCUUAGGCCUCUGGAUAUACGGAAUUUAUCUAGUUCGCCACAGAUACGACAUAUUUUACGAAUAUCAAACUCGGCGACGUGAAUCGCGACAUAUCCCACCAUGGAAGCGAAUUUUUCUUACGAUUUGGUAUGUACCGAUGGCGUGUUGGUUCGUUAUUACGCAGUCUCACCCGUGGAUGAUUUUUCUUGUUGUUUUGUGUUUUCACUGGAGUUGGUCUCUUGGGAUAGCCAGGGGGCUAACAUUCGAUGGUUAUCAAUUUAACUAUGGCCAGGUGACUUCAGUCUUCUCUAUAAUACCCCCCUUCCUUGCUGUCGGCGAAUUGCUCGUCAAGCGAUCGAGCGAUAUAUGCAAUUACUUCAAGAGCAUGCCCCGGUAUUUUUGCAUUGGUGUCCGAUUUUUACUGACUGGGCGACCAAAUCCCUGGGAACAAGAUCUUUUGGAAAGACGGCGCGGUUCCUGGUCACCCCUCCAAUGGCUAGGCGUCAUCGUUGCGUGGCUUUCCGUUUCGUCACUUCAAGCCGCCUGGAUUUUGGGAUACGUGGAAGGAGGGUCAAAGCCCAACCACCGUAACAUAGUGACCGCCCACCACAAGUUGUGGAAACCCUUUUCCAUAUGUCUGUACGUCAGUGGAUACAUGGUGUGCGUCAUCAAUAUCCUGGUGUGGACCAGUUAUUUCGAGCUCGUAAGAUGGUGGAAGUCUCGUGAAACGACAAAAGCGUCCCCAAUGGACAAGUUAUACAAACAAUUCAUCAAGUAUCUGAGCAGGACCUUCCAUCUCACAAUCGUCCUUCCAAUCGCCUUUGUCAUGUGCGCUGGCCCAUUAUUUGCCCCAUUCGCCGGCCUGCCCCUCGCCCAACAGUACCAAUGGACGCACCUCUGUGACUCCUUCGCGGGAGAAGCCAUCAUCCAAUCUCCCUCACUCGGUUCUUCUCGACAGCCUUUCAUGUCAUUCUAUUACCCCGAAACCCCAGACUCAACCACCAAAGUCUACUACUUCGACUACAUUGGCAUGUCAAACGACCCAAACGCAACAACCCAAACGCUCUCAUUCGCAGGCGCAGUAUCACAAGGGGUCAUUCCUGCCGACCUCCAACCAGACAUACAAUCCAUAUCAAUCGCUUCCCCUGGAAAAAGCGAUUCCAUCUCAGCGCAAUGCGCAACGACGAUCAACUCGACUACGGUUCCAGUCCCAUGUAUGACAGGGACUUAUCAAAUUUCGCCCUAUCUUAAUUUUUCGCUCCAAGACUCUGGGAACACCACUUAUCUUCGGGCGGUCGAUAAAGAGUGGCAAUUCAUCGACGACGCUCCAAGCUUUGUCCUUCGAUACUCAUCAUCAGAUCCUCGCCAGCCACUGGGAGGUAUAGCUAUCCAGACCGCUGUCACGGAGCGUAACCACUGUGAGGUCCUCAAAGUCUGCCUUGGCUCCAGGAAGUUGGGUUUCGAUAUCCUGGCUCCCCUUGGUGUAGCGUUUAUUUCUCAGAACAACUUCGCCGCCUACUGCACGCAGCCUCGAGUUUAUAACCUCUAA